AUGGACGAGCACCACGAAUGGGAGACCACGGAUGUGGUCAUCUGCGGCUGCGGACCGACAGGAGCAUUGCUAUCAGCCUAUCUGGGUCGACUGUCUACGAAACACAUCGUGCUCGAAAAGGAGAGCGGAAUAACCACUGACCCGCGAGGAAUUGCUCUCGAUGAGGACGGCACCUGCAUGAAUCGGUUUAAAUUCAUUGGCGGGAUACAGAAGGACCUCCAAAGGAAGGCAUUUGUCGAAAUGGACUAUGCUACGACCGAGGGAGGAACGGGACAUGUAGGCUUUAUCUGUCAUCGACAGCCGGUCCUGGAGAAACAUCUCCGAAGUGCGAUGAAAGCAUCCGAAUCCUGCCAACUGCGAUCUGGAUGCACGGUCAUGGAUAUUCAACAAGGUGCAGAGUGGUCUUACUGGCAAUACCGUGAUAUAGGCGGGGAGAUCCAUAAGUUAAUGUCCCGAUUCUUUGUCGGUGCCGACGGUAAGACCGGAUUCACAAGAACUACCUUGAACCACUGGGGAUCCAAAUGGAGCAAGCUCAUGACCGUGAAUUGGCAGAUUGAGCUCCCCUCUCAGAAGACUCAUCCUCAGUUCCAUUUAUGGUCGUUGGGAUACACACCAGAAGAUGUUUAUGAUCUGUUCUUCCCCGUGAACUUUCGCUUCCUGUGCAAUCUUCUGCGCCCAUCAAUAUGCGGACGCUUUGGACUCCCCUCAGAUAGACUCUGGCGGUUCGAAUUCGUCGUGAGAUCUGAGGAAGACGGCGAUGAGAUGGCAACGUACUCGAAAGCACGAGAGGUCAUUUUGCCCUACCUGACACACACAGGCGAGCGCUAUGGGCUUACAUCUGACGUGCAGUAUCCCGAGGACUAUGGUUGCAUGGCCGGGACACUAGAGCGCAAACAACAGUUGGAAAAGUCUCUGGCCUCGACCAUCGAUAACGGCAAGUUUGUCACAGAGGUGAACCCAUUUAAGAUCUUCCGUACCUGCUAUCUGUUCCUCAUGAAUCUUGUCCCCAAGUGGCGACACGAGCUGCAGUUGGGACGCCGGAAGGAGGGGAUGGUGCGAUACCAGCACCGCCCCGGAAUGCCAUUUAUACCGGAGCUGAACGGGGGGCUUUGCUUACCGCAGGUUUACUGUAAGUCCGUGGGAGAGAAUAAAGAGGUUUUCUUUACAGAUGACGUUGUGUUCAGCUUGAGCAAAAGGGGCCUUUUUCAGGUGCUUGUUUAUCUGGAGCACUGGUCUGAGCUUGAGUCUGCCAGAGAGACGGUUGCCAGCAUGAAGGCAGUAGCAAGGAAUGGGGUUUGUGUCGCAGAGGCUACGUACAUUAUCCAGGAUAUGGUGGGCGAGCCCGGGCGUGGAGUUGGGAGUCUGGCGGCGAUAUAUCAGUUGGCAAGCGCUGACGAGUUUGCGGCCUCCCCACUUUGUGAGGGACGACCGGAGCCGCGACACUAUGACCCCUACUACCUUGCGAAAUCCCUAAGAGGAAGCAAUUAUGUGAUCGUGCGCCCAGAUAGGUUCAUUUUCGCUGCUUGUGCAACUCGUGGGGAGUUAGAGAGAGCGAUCAGUGCUGCGGUAGAGUACCUGUCCACUUAG